UUCCUUAAAUAGAUUCCAAAAAACUUUAAUUUCUUUGUUUUGUUUUUUUAAUUUUUUAAAGGAUUUAAUUUUAUUUUUAAUAUUUCUCAAAAAAAGGAGAACACACACACACAUUUUUUGUUUGAGAACUUUUAUUUAUUUCAUUCUCACAAAUCAUUUACCCCCCCCCCCCCCCCCUUUCUCUCAUUCACAGCAACAAUUAAUAUUUGCCCUUUUAUAUUUAGAAAUGUUUUACUAGCUUUGCACAAGCUGUCACCCCACUACCACAAUAACAUUUAAAUAUUUUAUAGCUUUUCUUUUAAUUUUUAUUUAUUAAAGAUUACUUUAAAUGAAGGCCCUUAAUAAAGAUUUUGUAGAAAAACCUUUUUCUACGUAUUUAUUAAAUAAAUUAGUUAAGUCUUUGAAAAAAACUUAAGCGAAAUAAUAACCACCCUCUCCUUCUAAUUUUUACUUUUAUUCCUUUCCUCAUUUAAAAGACUUGCAUAAAAAAUAAAAUGAUAAUAAUUAUCAAUCCUAAACAGAAAGUCUGCAACAAAAUAUGAAAUUCUUCCCUCUUUUAUUUCACACAAAUGUCCUAUCCUCUUUUUUCCCUCUUUUUAUUUUUAAAUAUUUCAAAUCAGUUCACAUUUCUAUACUUUUUUUCUACAUAAAUCUCUUUUCUUUUUCAAUUGGACAAAUAUUUUUUUGCGCCGCUCAUGUUUUUGGCCCAACAAUUUGCUUUUAAUCUUUUAUAUAUUUUUCUUUUCCCCCUUUACACUUCCCUCCCCUCUUCAUCAAUCAACAUUAUUUUCUUUUUUCCUUUUUACAAUUGAUGAUUUUGUUUGCCGAUUAAACGCUUCUUUUAAAUUUCCAAACAAAAUAUUUUUUUCUUCCAAAAAUCUCUACUUCCUCUCCCCUAUUUUCACCUGAUUUUUUAAUAUUUUUCUUUAAUUUUUACUCAAAAAAAAAGGAAUUUUGAAAGUUACAGGACAAUUAAACACUCAAAGUUUUUGACUUUUACUUUUUUUCUAUUUUUAAAAUGUCCAGACUCUUAAUUAAAAUUCUUGGCUAUUUAAUCACUUUUUAUUUCUUCAUUUUUUCUCCUUGAUUUUUUCCCUUUUUUUCUUUUUGCUUUAAUCGAUGGCUGAUUUUAGUUGUAUUUACUAAAUUAAAGUUUAUGCGCGCGUGUGUUUACUUUCUUUUUGUGUGUCAGCAACAGCUGCUGUUAUUUAAUGUUUUGUAAAAAGAGAAUAUAUUCACUACCAGCCGGCCGUUCUCUUUUUCCAUCUAACUUUAACCUCCUUCUUUCCUCUUCACAAAAUCCGCUGCUACUGCAUUUGUGUCGGUGAAUGAAAAAAAGGAAGAAGGAAUUAUUGUUUGUAUGUUUGUAUUCCUUC